AUGGAAAGAUUACAACGUUUAUUAGGUCAAGGUGCAGGUUUAGGAGGUGGUGUACCACCACAAUCAGAUGGACCAGCAAUUGAUAACUCAGAAACUGUAUAUAUAUCAUCUUUAGCAUUAUUAAAAAUGUUAAAACAUGGAAGAGCAGGUGUACCUAUGGAGGUUAUGGGAUUAAUGUUGGGGGAAUUCGUUGAUGAUUUUACGAUACAUGUACAUGAUGUAUUUGCCAUGCCGCAAUCAGGUACUGGAGUUUCAGUUGAAGCAGUUGAUGAUGUUUUCCAAACUAAAAUGAUGGAUAUGUUAAGACAAACCGGUAGAGAUCAAAUGGUUGUUGGUUGGUAUCAUUCACAUCCUGGGUUCGGAUGUUGGUUAUCAUCGGUUGAUGUAAAUACUCAACAAAGUUUUGAACAGUUAAAUAAAAGAGCAGUUGCAGUAGUUAUAGAUCCAAUACAAUCAGUAAAGGGGAAAGUUGUUAUAGAUGCUUUUAGAACAAUUGAUACAACCACAUUAAUGAUGGGUCAAGAACCUCGUCAAUCUACCUCAAAUGUUGGACAUUUGAAUAAACCUUCAAUACAAGCAUUAAUUCACGGAUUAAAUCGUCAUUAUUAUUCAUUAAAUAUUGAUUAUCACAAGACAUCAAAUGAAACCAAUAUGUUACUUAACUUGCAUAAAAAGAAUUGGCAAUCUGGAUUGAAUUUGGGGGAUUAUAAUCAUAAAGAAAUUGAAAAUCUAGAAAGUACGGAAAAAAUGGUAAAUAUAGCAAAAUUAUAUAAUCAAAGAGUUAGUGAAGAAAAAGAAUUAACUGAAGAUCAAUUGAAAACUAGAUACGUGGGUAAACAGGAUCCAAAGAAGCAUUUAUCUGACACUGCUGAGAAAUUGAUUGAUAAUAAUAUAAAAACUUUAGUAACUAGUGGAGUAGAUUCUUUAGCAAUUAGAUAG